AUGAAUAUGAGUGCGGUUACGGAGGAGAUGCGGAGUGGGGUUGCUAACAGAAGUCAUUGGCACUUUGAGGUCAAUGGCCACCCAUUUUACGCCAAAGGGAGCAACUUCAUCCCACCAGACGCUUUUUGGCCACGGGUUACUCCGGCUCGGUUCAAGCAACUCUUCGAUGCCGUCGUGUCUGGGAACCAAAACAUGCUCCGCCUGUGGUCGAGUGGUGCCUAUGCCCCUGACUUCAUGUACGACAUAGCUGAUGAGCUUGGGAUAUUUUUGUGGAGUGAGUUUGAGUUUGGCGACUCGUUGUAUCCAGUGGACAUUGAGUUCCUGGAUGAUGUUCGGGAGGAGGCCGAGUACCAGGUCCGAAGGUUCAACCAUCAUCCGUCUCUUGCCCUUUGGGCUGGAGGGAACGAGCUGGAAAAUCUUGAGCUGUAUCUCGUGAACUACUCAGCUCCAGAACAGUACGAAAGGUAUAAGGCCGAGUACGAAACACUCUUCAUCGACACUCUGCUGCCAGCUGUCUACGACAACAGCCACGGCAUUACUUAUAUGCCAAGCAGCACCAAUAAUGGGUAUCUCAGCAUCAACUUCAGCGAGCCGAUUCUCAUCAAACAACGAUAUCAAAACAAAGGACCUGGCGAAGUCCAUGGUAGCACUGAUUAUUAUAAUUACAAGACCAGCCAGGCAUUCAACAUUAGCGCGUAUCCGAGAGUACUACCAGCGGACGAGCUGUGCUUCAACAGCACAACCAUUACGCUGCGAAAUCACCACUAUCCUUCCGGGAGCCUGAACACGUCAGAUUUUAACCAUGGCUCGAACGGCAUGCGGGAGAUGACGAUGGCGGUUGAGAUGUACUAUCCGAUACCUAACAAGACUGAUGCGAUCGGUAAUUUCUCAGCGUGGAUAUGGUCAACGCAAGUGUUCCAAGCAGACUUUUAUAAGUCUCAGAUCCAGUUCUACCGAGUCGGUGUUGGAAAACCAGAGUGUCAACUGGGCUGCUUGUACUGGCAGCUCGAGGAUAUCUGGCAAGCGCCGACUUGGGCUGGAGUCGAGUACGAAGGGAGAUGGAAGGUGUUGCACAACGUGGCAACGGUCACAGCAAGGGGAACACCAGUGAAUAUGAAUGCCACCAAGACAUUCACGCAUGUCAACUCUUGGACUCCAACGCCGCUUGGAAAGGCUGCCCUUGUCGACCCGGGGUUAAGAGACGGAUAUGAAGCUGUAUCACAGCUUUAUCGUGGAGGCGGGGGUGAGCGUGUGGACAUGGCUGAGUGCUGGGCCAAAGGACAACGAUGUGGUGGCGAACUUUGA